CACAAAUCAGGGAGAGGUCAGUAAAAGGUUUUCAGAGAUAAUCAAAUUGUAAGAGUCGAAGAAAUUAACCAGAGUUCCACAGACUGGGGAAAAAUUGGAUAAUGGAUGAGAUACAGUUGAAAGCAAGCUUAAUGAAGUAUUUCGGAGAAGCAACAGCAAAAGUAACUAAAGAAACAACCGAAGAUGAAAUCAAACGUAUCUAUGCUGCACGGUCAGCAACAUAUGACGAGGAACAUUCAGCGGCGCGCGCUAUAUAUUUCAAGCCACUGGCCGAAUCUUUGCAUGAAACCCUUAGCGAAGUUUACCAGAACAAGGCAAAGGAUCAGAUCAAAAUCAUCGACGCUGGAGCUGGGACAGGGCUGAUUGGAGUUGAGCUCAAGAAACUCGGAUACACCAACCUAUGUGCUCUGGACAUCUCAGCUGAGAUGUUAGAGGAAGCAAAGAAGAAAGAGGUCUAUAUUGAGUUCAUCUGCACGUCUUUGAAUGGGCAACCGAUACCUCAGAUUAAAUCAGGGCAAUUCGAUGCUUUGAUUUGUGGUGGGGCGCUCAUUACAGGACGUAUCGCCUCAUCUGCUUUCGUGGAGAUGAUAAGAAUGGUUCAAACUGAUGGCGUCCUCUGUUUCAACAUAAUGAAAAAGGAAUUAGAACACUAUCAAGAGAUGAUGACGGAGCUGGAGAAAGCAGGCGAAUGGAUGUGCACGUCCAAAGAGUCUUCACCUUUCUAUGCAGCCGAGGACCUGCCCAGUGAAUGCUGGAAGUUCGUUUACAAAGUUUUGAAGAACUAAGAAAUGUAUCCCAUGGCAGUUAAGCCUAACUCGUCUAGGCAAUACUAGGAAAUCA